UCAGAGUCCCUGACACAGGCGUCACCAGGAGCCCACUUUCUCUGGGGUGUCUGACAAGAUCUGAGGUGUCAUUCUCAUGUGACACAGACCCUAGCUCAGGGCUCUUUGGGAAAGGGGGAGAAAAGCAUUAGGAAAACUCUCCAGGGCUGACUUCAGAAUGUGCUUUUGUUUUUAAUAACCAGCGUCCACCCGCAGGCUUCAUUUGGGGGAAGAAAACUUGCUGAAUUAUCCUGAGAGCAGCUGCUUCCCACGAGGCCAGCCAUUUCCAAAUGCCCCAACGAUGAACAGAAACGGUGGACACGUCCCCUAAAGAUGGUGACUCCCUCCUGAGCAGCCGGACCACUUCCCACAGGAAAAGGCCUUCUCCCAGAUGAAUGUAAGAUACGUGAAGAACCAGUCAUUUUAGUUUCAUCUGCAAAUGAAAUUGAUGUUCGUGCCUGUCCUCUUAACCCAAAUGAAAACAUAGGCUCGGUGAUUUGGUAUAAAAAUGACAGCAAGACACCUAUAUCAAUGGAGCAAGACUCCAGGAUUCAUCAAGAAAAGGAAAAACUCUGGCUUGUCCCCGCUAAGGUAGAGGAUUCAGGACAUUACUACUGUUCAGUAAGAAAUUCAACUUUCUGCCUUAAAAUUAAAAUAACUGCCAAGUUUGUGGAAAACGAACCUAACUUGUGUUACAAUGGAGAAGCUAUAUUCACACAGAAAUUACGCAUUGCCGGAGAUGGAAGACUUGUGUGCCCUCAUUUGGAUUUUUUUAAAGAUGAAAAUAAUGAGUUUCCCACAGUAAAAUGGUAUAAGGAUUGCAAACCUCUGAUUCUUGACAACGUAUACUUCGUUGGAGUCACAAAUACGCUUCUUGUGAUGAAUGUGUCAGAGGGCCAUAGAGGGAAGUACACUUGCCAUGCAUCCUACAUGUACUCGGGAAAGCCAUAUCAUAUUACCCGGGCAAUAGACUUUAUUACUCUAGAGGAAAUCAAACCCGACAGUCCUGUGAUUGAAAGUCCAGCAAACGGGACCCUGGAAGUGGAGCUGGGAUCCCACGUCCAAUUGGUCUGUAAUGUCACUGGCCACUUCACUGACCUUGUCUACUGGAAGUGGAAUGGGUCACUAAUUUCACCUGAUGAUCCAAUCCUGGUGGAAGACUUUGAAUUGGUGAACAGUCCUUCAGCCAAUAGAAAAACUAUACACAUUAUAACGCUUAAUAUUUCAAAAGUCAAAAGUCAAUUUUAUCUAUAUCCAUUUACCUGUUUGGUCAACAGUAAAUCUAAUAUAUACUCAGCAUACAUACAAUUAACCCUUCCAGUGCCUGAUUUCCAGAAGCUCUUGAUUGGAAUAUUUGUUACUUUAACAAUUAUAAUUACAUGCUCUGUUUUCAUCUAUAAAAUCUUCAAGGUUGAUAUUGUGCUUUGGUACAGGGAUUCCUGCUCUGAUUUUCUUCCCCCCAAAGCCUCAGAUGGAAAGAUCUACGAUGCAUAUAUCCUCUACCCAAAGACCUUUGGGGAAGCGUCCACCUCGAACUCAGAUAUUUUUGUGUUUAAAGUGUUGCCUGAGGUCUUGGAAAAGCAGUUGGGAUAUAAACUGUUUAUUUAUGGAAGGGAUGAUUAUGUUGGAGAAGAUGCUAUUGAGGUCACUAAUGCAAACAUCAAGAAAAGCAGAAGACUGAUCAUCAUUUUGGUGACAGACAUGUCAGACUUCAGCUGGCUGGGCCAUUCAUCUGAAGAGCAAAUAGUGAUAUACAAUGCUCUCAUCCAGGAGGGCAUUAAAAUUGUCCUGCUUGAGCUGGAAAAAAUCCAAGACUAUGAGAAAAUGCCAGAAUCCAUUAAAUUCAUUAAGCAGAAACAUGGGGCUAUCUGCUGGUCAGGGGACUUCAGAGAGGGACCUCAGUCUCUAAAGACCAGGUUCUGGAAACAGGUCCGGUACCAUAUGCCAGCCCAGCGGCGAUCUCCUUCAUCCAAACACCGGUUAUUGUCCACGGCCCAGGAGUCAGACUCUAAGGAGAAGCAACAAAGGGAGGUUCACCUGCCUCUCGGGUAGCAUGGAGAAGCUUGGCCAAGAAUUUUUUGGGUGCAUGCAGUCUUAGGGUGUUGAGCCUCCUGCUGACCUAAUCUCUGAGGUCACCUGGAAUCGCACAGUUAAGGGAGCAGGACUAGGUGACAAUGGCAGGCCAGGGCAACUCAGAUUAGAGGGCUUGGGAAAGCCUUUAUAAAGGCCCUCUCUGAAUGUUGAACUUCGGAGAAGAAGGCACUGAGACAGUGAGUUGGAAGAAGAAAAAAGAAAAAAAAACAUGAAAGGAAUGUCCAUCUAGAGACAAUUUUAUUAAGUUAUCCACAGACUGAUGGUGGGGCCUUGGCCAUCUCUGGGGACACUGCAGGAUCACUGGCCCCGGAGAGUCUCUUUUGGGCAGCACUGCAGAUGACGUGUGCCUGACACCGCACAGAGGAAGGUAGAUGUCUUCUUGGAGAACUUUCCACGGCUUGCAUUUUCCAUACACAUCCACAAUGAGUCGUCACUUUCCAAAGACCAGAUUGCAUUUUAUAGACCUCGAGAGAGGUAUCUAUCGUUAAAAUGAAAAAGGGGCUUCUCCAGGAUUCCAAGGCUGUGAAAUCCCCUUAGCUUUCCUUAGAAGACAAAGACUCGUGAAAGCAAUAGAAGCAGAAACGGACCCACCUCUUCCACCACUCUUGACUCUUUCCUCCCUGGAAUGACUGACCUGAACUUCCACAUUCCUCUUCACUUUCCUUGGCUCAUUGCUCCUUUGGGAAGACAGCUGUGCUGGUCAUCCCACCGAGUCUCGCAGCCUGUUUUCAAAGCCGUCCCCUCACCGUCCUGUGAUGUGAGUCCCAGGUUAGCCUCCUGGGCCUCUGCACCGGCUCGGGCGCCUCCAUGUUUGCUGAAUUUUCUCCUCCCCUCACCAGAAGUCCUUCUUGCGUUUUCUCCAGCUGACCAGCUCUCCAGAGUCAGAGUUGACUUCAGCACUCUGGUUCCUGGGAGCCUUCCCCUAAGACACUGCCACCCUUACAACUCCGUCUGUCCCUCCAAUCAGUUAGCUAGUGCUGCCUGUUGCUGGUCCCCUUACAAAGUGGCUCCCCUCGCUGGAAUCUGUGCUGAGGAGAGACCAUAUGUCUCUCUCUGUCCCUUGCUACCUUCCAUAAGCAAUUUGCACAUGAGAAAUACAUUUGUAUAGUGCUUUAUUUUUUUUUAAUGUUUUUGGGUAAUUAUACCUAAUUUUUGCAAUUAUUCUAAUUUUAUGUGGAGAGAAAAUGACUCUUUUUAAAAUUACUCUUUUAAUUCUAUUGGAUCUGGAACUUGAACCUGUAUUUUCCCAGCUUCUAGUCCAAUGUUUGAAUGUUUGAUUUCAAGUCAUUAACUGUUCACCCAUCACGGAUUGCUUUAUAGGAGACUACUGAGUCCAGGAGUGUUUUUACAUCACAAACAAAUCUGAUAAUUUUCAGUGUUGGAAUUUAUAAAAAUUAUGUUUCGGUUUUUAUGUACAAUAUUUUUAUUUCCAUAUGUUCUUUCCUUAAAGGUCAGCAUUUCUCAGCCAAUUAAAAAUGAAAGCAAAGAA